CGCAUAAACAACUUUUUUUUCUCCAAAACAGUGCUUAUACACACAGUAUACAUCAUUGUACCCUUGCUGUAAACGAUGUGUUCACCUUGUAUAAAUGUGUAUAAUACUCCGUAUAUAAGGAAAAAUUGGGCUAAAUCGGGUAAAUAUUUUUUCCCAGUAGACAUAGAGGGUAAUUUUCCCUUUUUAAUAAUUGGUGGAAUUUCCAUUGUUUUUUGAUGUUUCGUGUUGAAUUUGUAAGUAUGGUGCAAAACUCGAUUUUUGCUUGAAAGCAAUUUUUUACUUGGUGGCAAAGGCAAGGGAUUCUUUUAUUUUUGGGUUCCUUGUAGAGGAAGGAAAUAUUUUUAUAUUUUACUUGCUUGCAAAGGCUUUUGCUUCUUGUUUUGUCUAUAAUAUUAUCAUAUCUGACGUUUUAUCAUCUGUCUUGUUUACAGAAAUAAUGGCUAUACUUGAUCAAGCUUCAAAUAUGAUUUCUAUACCUAUGGAUUAUACAAGAAAAAGGAAAUCAAGGAGUAGAAAAGAUGCACCGAAGAAUGUAGCAGAGACAAUUGCAAAGUGGAAAGAAGUCAAUGAGAAAUUAAACUCUAGUGUGCGUAAAGUUCCUGCUAAAGGGUCAAAGAAGGGGUGUAUGAAAGGUAAAGGAGGACCCGAAAACGCGAGAUGUAAAUACAGAGGUGUUAGGCAAAGGACAUGGGGUAAAUGGGUUGCUGAGAUUAGGGAGCCACAUAGAGGAAAUAGGCUUUGGUUGGGUACAUUUCAAACGGCAAUCGAGGCUGCUCUUGCUUAUGAUGAAGCUGCUAGAGCAAUGUAUGGUCCAUGUGCAAGGCUGAAUCUCCCGAAUUACACUUCAUCGAAAGAGUCUGUUACUGAUGAUUCUUCGUUGCCAACGAUAUCUCAAUCUGACUCCACGACAGCCUCGAGUUUCUCUGAGGUAUGCCCUGCUGAUGACAAGAGAGGAAGAACCAACAUUCUUAAAAGUGAAUCAAGAGUUGAUGAUACUAGGAUUUGUUCUUCUGAAGCUGGAACACCUCUGAGCUCAGUGAUGGAGGAAGCGAAAGACGAGGCUAAGGGGGCGUUAGAUACAAGAGAGGUUCGUGAAAUUAAAGAAGAGCCUGUCACCUUUGAUUAUGAUGUACAGAAGAGUGGACAAGAUAAUCUAGAGAACUUUGGUUGGGAUGAUGAGAUGUUUGAUGUAGAUGUACUAUUAAGCAUGUUGGGUUCUACUCCCCUCGAUGCCUCGGCUCCUAAUCAAGAUGGUUCUUUUCCUCCUAAACAAGAGCAGUACGCCUAUGAUCCCUCAUAUCGAAUGCAGAGUGCUGCCUAUGACAAUAAUCAGUUCCCAUAUCAAUCAUAUCAGUUGGAGGAUGCAGAUAAUCAGUUCUCAAAUCCAUCAUAUCAGUUGGACAACGCAGAUGGUAAAACGUUUGAAGGUUUGCAGCAAAUGGAUCAGCAAGCACCUAAUGCGGUUGAUUACGAUUUUGAUUUUCUGAAACCAGGCCGACAGGAGGACUUCAACUUCUGCUUGGAUGAGUUGGGCCUCCUUGACUUCCAAUGAAGAUUUCAGAGUUCGAUAUAAUGACUUCACGCAGCCAGACGGGAUAUACUGUUAGGAACAGGAUGUCGCUGUUGGUUUAUUGCAGAAUUUAUGCAAUGAUCACAGCUUUCUGAAUGUUUACUUGUUAGUUCAAUUUUUUGAUUCAAGGAGAAGGGGAAAAAAAAAAAAAAAAAAAAAAGGAUAUGAGCAGAAGAGUUUUUGUGUUCUUUGAUUCUUUUUUUCACUUUUGCUUUUGAGGAACUAUGUUUGUUCGUUCCCUUUCUUCCAAUGGAUGGCUGAUUCUUGGUAAGUUUUUGGAUGAGAGAAUUGAGCUACUGUUGAAUCAAACAAAUGUUCUGUACAGCUUUUGACAUUAAGUAGUCAGUUUGCUAACAUUUACAAGGUCUCGGUCUUCUUACAUUGAUAGUAAGAGAGAAGACUUAUCUUUCUGUAAUCACUCAUGCUAAUAUGAAGUUCAUAGUUAUGCCUGUUUGGCUUUCUAA